UGGAAACCUUUUGAGGGGAAAACAUCGAAAAUUGAAAACUGCCGGGCAUUUAAUCCAUGCCCGGCUGUCCUACCAGGCUGUCUGAAAUGAUGAGAAAUUUUUCUUAGUGCAACGAAGAGAGUCGUCAGUAUUCUGUGCAGAGAAAAGACAAACACGUCAAAUUGAAAUCUAUGUAGCAGAGGAUAAUUGCUAAAAGUUUCUGUACACGAAAUGAAAAAUAAGGUUUUUAGAGGAUUUAUUUUCGAACCGUCAAAAGAGUAAAAAAAUAAGAAAAACCGAUGCUUGGAUUCCCUGUGUUACGAGUAAGAGCGAGGACUGGAGCAAGCGCGGGAAGAACCAAGUUUGCUUUUUUCAAUGUUGUGAAAGAAUUUCUCCUUUUAUUCCAGAAAAUAAACCCUUUAAAGGUAAAGAUGUCAGACGUUAAUGCUUGGGCAAGUAUAGAUGGAUUAUUUGAUGACCAAGAUGAUGAAGACAGUGCUGAGACUUCGCAACGAGAGGUUUUUGGUGCCAGCAAAGAUAACCUGAUAUUAGCCAUUGAUUGUUCACCAUCAAUGUACAGGGUGGUUGGUGAGGAAUCUCAUUUUCAGUUAUCUAUAAAGUGUGCCAUCAAUAUAAUGAAAAGCAAGAUCAUAAGCAGUGACAGAGAUUUGAUUGGAAUUGUUUUCUUCUCAACUAAAAGCAACAAAGGCAAGGAUGAUACUAAUAAACAUAUAUAUCAGGAACUGGACCAACCUGAUGCUCAAAGAAUCCUUGACUUGGAGAAACUAUUAGAAGGGCUGAUGAACAUAACUCUGGCAGAACAUAACUCUGGCAGAAUGAUUUCAUUAACAGAUAACUCAUGUGAUGUUUUUGAAAACUCUCUUCAUGAUGUUCUGUGGACUUGUUCAAAUAUGUUUUCACAAAGUACUCAAAAGUCUGGUUAUAAAAGAAUGAUGUUGUUUACAGACAAUGAUAAUCCUCAUUCAGAUGAUAAACAACUACAGAACCUGGCAAGAACUAAGGCAAGGGACCUAUCAGAAAUUGGUAUCAACAUAGAACUAAUGCACAUCCUCCCCCCUGGGGGAUCAUUUGACCCUCAACUAUUCUACCAGGAUAUAAUUUCUGAUGAUGAUGAAGAUAUACAACUGCCUGAUCCAUCAGAGAAAUUUGAUGAAUUACUUUCAAGGGUGCAGAAGAAAGAACACAAGAAGAGACCUUUGGCCAGCAUCCCUUUUACUCUCGCUGAUGGUGUUGAUAUGGGUAUUAGUGUAUUCAACUUGUGCCGCCCAGCUACAAAGUCAAGCACCGUAAAUCUCAACAGCCGCACGAAUGAAGAAAUAAAGACACACACAAAAUACAUUUGCAAGGAUACUGGUUCUGAACUUAUGCCGACAGACAUUAAAUACUACCAAAUGUUUGGAGGAGAAAAGGUAAUAUUUGAAAAAGAAGAAGUAGCAGCUAUGAAAAACUUUGGAAAUCCAGGUUUACUGCUGAUGGGAUUCAAGCCUAAGAAAUCUCUCAAGCGUCUUUAUCACAUUAAGUCAUCACACUUCAUACAUCCUGAUGAAAAGUCAGUGUCUGGUAGUACAACUCUGUUCUCAGCUCUUCUGAAAAAAUCAUUGGAGAAAGAAGUUAUUCCUAUUUGUAGAUACAUUCCAAGAGCUGUUUCUGCACCAUCCUUUGUUGCCCUUCUUCCCCAGAAAGAAGAGUUUAAUGAUCAUAAAGUGCAGAUCACGCCCCCUGGAUUCCAUGUCAUCUUCUUGCCUUAUGUCGAUGACAUGAGAAAGUUGCAGUACCCCAAAAUGCCAAAAGCCACUACAGAACAAGUCAACAAAGCGAAAGAAAUAAUCAAGAAACUAACAUUUACAUUCAGAUCUACUGACUUUGAAAACCCAUCUCUCCAGAAACACUACAACCACUUAGAGGCACUGGCUCUUGAUAGAGACUCACCAGAGGAAGUUGACGAUCUUACUGAGCCUGAUGUUGAACGGUUGGACAGGAGGGCAGGCACUCUGAUGCAGGAAUUCAAGGACCUAGUAUUCCCAGAUGGCUAUAACCCUGAUGCUAAACCAGCCACUAAACGAAAGGCACCAGGUGAAGGUACAGCAAAGAAAGCAAAGGUAGAAGGCUUAUCUGUGGAUAUUAAAGAAGAAGCUAUGAAGGGAAGGCUUUCCAAGCUUACAGUUCCAGUUUUAAAAGAUUUUGUCAGACAAGCCGGUAUUAAAUCAGGAACAAAGAAAGCUGAGCUGAUAGAUGCAAUCAAUGAACACUUUGGAAUCUAAUUCAUAAAAUAAUGUAGUAUAGAAUUUUCUUGCUCUUACAAUACUUUGUAGAAUUAUCGAAUAGAGACACCAUUUAUAUGUACCGAACUAGAUGUUAUUUUAUAAAAAACAAAGCAGAAUAUGAAUUAUUAGAUCCCAAUAAAAACCAUGUUUUCAUUCAUCUGGAAAACAAAAUCCAUAGUCAAUGUCCAUUUCACCAUUGGGAAAUAUAUAUUGGUUUCAUGGUUACUACUAGUAGAUGUUGCAUAGCCUUGUGGGAUUGAAAUACAAACAAGCAUUUCAAAUAAAGGCUUCGAUCCUAAUCCCUUAGAGCGCUGCUACGCAGGCUAUAUCAGUCGAAAAAACACUUCUGUGAAUGUUGGAGACAACAAUACUACAAAACAUUGUUACAGCAUAUUAGCAUGCAGCAUGUUAACAUGUGUGCUGGGCUUGGCUUUUCUGCAUUUCAAUCCUAUUAUGCACAAUAAUAUUGUUACAUCAUCUGUGGAAAAAUGCUACUGUAUUAAAAGUGUAAAUAAGUGAAA